UAUAAAUUCAACCCUUCCAUGCUAUUUGUGUUCAAGAACGGGGAGACAAAAACCAGCUGCAUUCUAGCACAGUACACCAGUCGUGUCUACCUACACAAAUUGUUGUCACACAGAUAAUUAUCAUCCAUAUAUAUCCAUCCAUCCAAACGUACAUAGAAUCAUGAAGCUCGACUCGUUCAUGGUGACACGCCGGGGAAACCCCGAGCUGGUCGCGCCGGCGAGGGCGACGCCGCGCGGGACCAAGCCGCUCUCCGACCUCGACGACGACUGGGACCUCCGCUACUUGCAGCCAUGCCUCGAAUUCUUCCGAGCGGUGGACGACGGCGAGCGGCGGAAGCCGGCGAGGCCGGGAGAUGCCAUCAGGGCGGCCCUCGCGGAGGCUCUGGUGUACUACUACCCGAUCGCCGGCCGCCUCCGCGAGCUGCCCAAGGGCGGCAGGCUCGCCGUGGAGUGCACCGGCGAAGGGGUGGUGUUCGUGGAGGCGGAGGCGGACGUGCGGAUCGAGGACCUCGGCGAGCCGCCAUUGCCGACGUUCCGUGGCGCUGAAAGCUUCCUCUGCGAUGUUGGGGACGCUGGAGUCGUCGUUGGGAGGCCACUGUUUUACAUGCAGAUUACUCAUCUCAAAUGUGGAGGAUUUGUCCUUGGAACUCACAUUUGUCAUUGCAUAGCUGAUGCCUUUGGCACACUUCAGUUCUUGAAAGCUAUAGUUGAUAUUGCACGUGGUGAGGCCAAACCAACCACGUUGCCAGUUUGGGAAAGGGAGCACUUUGUCGCAACAAGUCUACCACCCAACAUCAAGGAAGAACAAGAGAAAUUAUUUGAUGAACUGGAGAACACCACCUGUGACGACAUUAUGGUGACAAUGCCCGCUGAAAACAUGGUGUCUGAAUACUUUACCAUCUCUCAAAGAGACAUGAUUGCACUAAGGCGUCAUGUCCCAUUUAAUCUUACAAAAACAGUCACAAGCUUUGAGCUACUAACUGCUGUUCUAUGGCGAUCCCGUACUAUGGCACUUGGCUACAAGCCUUGCCAGAUUGUACGCUUGAUGAUAACUGUGAAUGCGCGUGGAAGAUGGAAGAAGCUUCCUUUGGGAUACUAUGGUAAUGGGCUUCUGUGCCCUGUCAUUGAGAUAACAGUUAAUGACUUGUGCACAAACUCGUUAGGGCAUACAAUUGAACUUGUCCGCAAGGCUAAACACGAGAUGAAGACAAAGGAAAAUAUGCAAUUGAUGGUAGAUUUGUUGCCACUAUGGCGUGAGAAACCGUACAUAAAAGUAGAGAGAAUAUUUGAAACAUGUGAUAUAAAAUGGAUUGGACAGGACACUUUGGAUAUUGGAUGGGCUAAGCGGAUUGGAGGUGGCAUACCGACUGUUAGUCUGCCAGAUAUGACAAGCUACCAAUUCAUGUGCAAGAAUGAAAAAGGUGAGAGGUCAACUGUCAUCUCCAUGUUGUUGCCACGGCCUGCAAUGGAAAGAUUCAAACAAGAGAUGGCUACUUGGUUAAUUGAAUAACUAAGAGGACAAAGAAGUAUAUAUGCUUCACGCAAAGUAAAACCACAUCGUCUUUAAUUUGGUCGGUUGCUGAAUAAGAUGCACUUAGUUGCAUCGGUGUUACUUUUGUUAUCUAGAUGGACUUGUGUGCAGUUAUCAAAUAUAUUUAUGGUUAUGCACCUUAUUUUGUGGACGAUCCGUUGUUAUAUAGCCUGGUCAUAAUUAAGUCAGGGUACCAUCCCAAAACUACAUCAAGUUGUGCAUUAUUGUGACCUCGUAAAUAUGUGUACUUAGAAAGGGACGUAAGAAAUGAAUGUAUGCCAAAUUUUUGAA